UCCUCCGUGGUCGGUCGUCCGCGGGUCCCGCUGCCGUCGGGGCGGCCCCCGGCCCCGGGCCCCCGGCGGGAUGAGCAUCGACAUCCCCGCGGGGCUGACGGAGCUGCUGCAGGGCUUCACGGUGGAGGUGCUCCGCCACCAGCCCGGGGACCUGCUCGACUUCGCCCUGCGACACUUCACCCGCCUCCGCCGGGAGAGCCGGGCCCGGGCCGGCCCGGGGGCCGCCGGCAGCGGCAGCGGCAGCGGCAGCGACAGCAGCGGUGGCGGCGGCGGCGGCAGCCCCCGGCCCGGGAGCCCCGAGGGGCGGCCCCGCCCGGGCCCCGCCCGGGGCGUCAACUUCUCCGAGGAGCCCCCGCGCACCGACGACGAGGACGAGGAGGACGACGAGCCCCCCGCCGCCCCCGCCGCCCCCGCAGGCCCCGCCGCCCCCGCCGCCCUGCCCGGCCUGGGGGCCACCGAGUUCACCGCUCCAGUAAUAAAUCGAUUCACUAGGAGGGCAUCAGUUUGUGCAGAAGCUUACAAUCCAGAUGAAGAAGAGGAUGACGCAGAGUCCAGGAUUAUUCAUCCCAAAACAGACGAUCAGAGAACUAGAUUGCAAGAAGCUUGCAAAGACAUUCUUCUCUUUAAGAACCUGGAUCCGGAGCAGUUGUCUCAGGUAUUAGACGCCAUGUUUGAGAAGUUGGUCAAAGAAGGAGAGCAUGUCAUUAAUCAAGGUGAUGAUGGUGACAACUUCUAUGUAAUUGAUCGGGGCACAUUUGAUAUUUAUGUAAAAUGCGACGGAGUCGGAAGAUGCGUCGGUAACUACGAUAAUCGGGGAAGCUUUGGGGAGCUGGCAUUAAUGUAUAAUACACCCAGGGCCGCGACCAUUACUGCUACCUCUCCUGGCGCCCUUUGGGGAUUGGACAGAGUUACCUUCCGGAGAAUAAUUGUAAAAAACAAUGCCAAAAAGAGAAGAAUGUAUGAAAAUUUUAUCGAGUCUCUGCCAUUCCUUAAGUCUUUAGACGUAUCCGAACGUCUGAAAGUGGUGGAUGUGAUAGGCACCAAAAUCUAUAAAGAUGGGGAACAAAUCAUCGCUCAGGGAGACUUGGCUGAUUCUUUUUUCAUUGUGGAAUCCGGAGAAGUGAAAAUUACCAUGAAAAGGAAGAACAAACAGGAGGUGGAAGAGAAUGAUUCAGUAGAAAUAGCUCGAUACUCCAGGGGACAGUAUUUUGGAGAACUUGCAUUGGUCACAAAUAAACCUCGGGCUGCCUCUGCUUAUGCUAUUGGGACUGUCAAAUGUUUAGCCAUGGACGUGCAGGCAUUUGAAAGGCUUUUGGGGCCCUGCAUGGAAAUUAUGAAAAGGAACAUUGCAAACUACGAAGAGCAGCUAGUUGCCCUUUUUGGAACCAACACGGACAUUGCUGAUCUCAGCGCAUAAAGCGAAAUGGCUGAACGUCACGACCCGGUAUCACAGAAUAGCACAGUGGUGGGUAGUCCACUGAGAAUGUGUCGAUCUUUGUGUAGAUGCCACGCAUUUUCUCUGGUUUCAACUUUCGUCUUUUUUAACAUAAUACUUGUGGCUGUACCAGUAAACAAAGUAGACUUAAUAGGCAGUAGACCCGUACGUACCCUUCUUGAGAAGUAGAUUUUAAGAAAUCUAUGCUGAUGAAUUGGCCAUCUCCUGCUCU